AUGGCAGUGCGGCCUGCUUCGAGGAUCUAUGGGAGCAUCUCAAGAUGCCCCAUACGCCCCAGUACCAACCUGGCACGCCCGUUCAGCACAUCGCGUGUCGUCCUCGCCUCCACCCAGACCCCUACGGGCGAUCGGCCGACACACUUUGGAUAUGAGACCGUCACAGAAUCCGAGAAGCAGCAACGUGUUGCGGGAGUGUUCACGAGCGUCGCAGAAUCGUACGACAAGAUGAAUGACUUGAUGUCCCUUGGGGUCCAUCGGCUUUGGAAGGACCAUUUUGUGUCUUCAUUGAACCCGGGAGCGACUACCCCUAUCGGAACCCCUCAGACCAUUCUUGAUGUCGCUGGCGGCACCGGUGAUAUUGCUUUCCGGAUGCAGCAGCACGCACAAAGUUACAACAGCAACCCCAACGUAAAGAUUAUCGUCUCCGACAUCAACCCCGACAUGCUCGCUGUCGGCCGCCAGCGAUCCCUUGCCCUCCCUGCCACCCACCAGGCCAACCUCUCCUUCCUAGAGGCCAAUGCUGAGGUUCUGCCGCCCAAGCUUGAAGAUAACUCGCUCGACCUAUACACUGUGUCCUUUGGUAUCCGAAACUUCUCCAACAUUCCUGCCGCUCUACGGGAGGCUCACCGCGUCCUGAAGCCAGGUGGUGUGUUUGCCUGCCUCGAGUUCUCAAAGGUGGACAAGUACCCGCUGUUCAAUGCCUUCUACAAGCAGUGGUCGUUCGGGGCAAUCCCUCUAAUCGGCCAGCUCGUGGCUGGCGACCGCGACAGCUACCAAUAUCUGGUGGAAAGCAUUGAGCGCUUCCCAAGCCAGGAGGACUUCCGUGAUAUGAUUGUGGAUGCCGGCUUUGAAGUUGCUGGGAAGGGUUACGAGGACUUGACAGGCGGCAUUGCGGCUAUUCAUCGCGGUAUCAAACCUCUCUAA